CAAAAAAAAACCCUGCCAGGCAAAGAAUUAAAACCUAUGAGCCAGAGAUAACAGGAAAAAUAAUAGCGGGCGCCAUGAAUGAGUUCAAGCACAGUCUCAUUUCUUUCCCAGCUAUCAAAGAGGAGGAGGAAGAAAGGAUUCGUAGCAUUCUAGUAUUGACUUCUGUUAUCCAAAGAUUACCCCAAGCAGCAAGAAUUAGUCCUGUAGGAUCCUUAUCUGUUUCAUUAUCACCUUCUGGAGGCAACAGUGAAGCAGUAAAGAAAAUCUUCUUAAGCUCAUUGGUUGGUAAUUGGGAAUGCAUGAGCCUCAGCUGAGUGCAGGAGCUGUCUGGGUGGGGACUGCAGUUCACCAUCUUCUAGAACACGAUUACCAGAGGCAUGCAAGUGCUUAGGGCAGCAUCGGUUAAAAUGAGCAAAAGAACACACUUGUCUCAGAUACUGUGUUUGGUGGGUCAUAACUGGAAUGAGAGCAUUGUCCUUAGCUGUGAUGGUUUAAAAACACAAGUCAGGCAUGGUUUACAGAGAGGUGGCAUUCCUAUUCCCAAGGAAUGUAAAGGAUGUCACUGAAAAAACAAGAGGCGCUCAUACCUAUUCCCACAUCUGAAGGAGAAACAGAAAACCAUGAACUAGGUACAGAUUGGGAACAAGUGCUCUGAGGGAACUGCUCACACUUCGAUUCAUGUAUCAACAAUCCUAUGAAAGUACACCUAGCAAGCAAAAGCCACGUAGAUACAACCACCAUACACUUUGCAAGGGCUGUGCUUACAUACCAAACUGUGACUUGCUUUUCAUAAUCUAGGGCAACAUUGUGCUUGCAUUUGACAGCUUACUUGACUGUUUCCCUCACAGCGGAGCACAUGUGCAGCAGCUGACCAAACUUCUUUGAGAAAGCUUCAAUUCUACAAAUGUGCUCGGGCUAAAAGUAAGUAAAUCAGUGGUCUUACUGUCAAGAAGACUUGAAAUCAAUUGAGUGCAAAAGUGGUUUGCAGAAUGGAUAUGCAGGGUGCCCUGAUCAUCUGGAAAGAGCAGAGGAGUAUAAUUAAGUCUCCGUUCACUCUCUGGCAACUGAACGACUAACUAGCGCCAACUCUUACAGACAUUUCAUAUACAUACACAUAUACGUGUGCGGCUUGUCGUGCAGGGAAGAAGUGGGAGGCAAGGUGCGAAGGUGGUUCGGGGAAGGUGAGCCCACAGCCGGCUGCCCACAGCCGGGGCUGGGCCCAGGCCCGGGGGGGAACGCGACGGCUGCAAUUCCAGGUGCGGGACGUUCCAGUUCCCCGAGCGAACUUCCCGCCUUCCCGCCUCUGCUCGCCGCUUCAGCUCACCUGGCCGCCAGCCCGCGCUCGCCAGCCCAGGCGGCAAUGGCUUGUAUUCUGCGGGAGAUGAGAGGCUGUGACAGGCGCGCAGGGGAGCGCCGCCGACAUGCUCCUCUAGGGGGUCGAAACCGGCCGGGGCAGGGGGCCUCAGCUGCCCGCUGUCGCGACGUGGGCGCCCAUCUGUCGCCGGCUGCCAGCCGCUGGCCGCCCCUGGCGGGCGCCUGUCACUCCCGCCCCCGCCGGGCCGGGGACCCGCCGCCGCCUGUUGCUAUUUUUACCCGCACUGGCUGGGCAGCAGGAGGGGGGCGGCGAGCGGUAGCUGGUGGUGCACUGCCCGGCCCUCCCCCGCCUCCGCCCGUCGGCAGGUAGGGGUGGGGCGGCCCGGCCCUAAACAGGAGGCGGCGAGCAGCCCCUUUGCCCGGCCCGGCCGGUGCCCUGAGGCGCUGGUGUGGCCUCCCCGCCUCCGGCCCGGCGUCCGUCAGCGGCUCACUGCCCCGCUCCCCACAGCGGGAGGUGGGCAGGCGGCGCCUGACAGCCCGCGGGCGCUGCCCGCCGAAGGCAUUUCCUUGCGGCGAGCACAUCCUGCGGCGGCGAGGCGGCGCCAUCGGUGCAGAACCGCGCGGUGUAACUCCUCCCGGGACCUGCUCCUUCUUGAAGCGACGUAGCGGCUCUUCCUGUGGGGGUGACACCGGCCUCCCCGCGGCAGCGGUUGGGUUGGACCUUACAAUGCCCCACACUGGCGCAGCGUUGUUAUGGCCCUUUAAAUUCGCCUACUAAAUUAACAAGGGAGCGAUCUCUCGAAACAGCGCUCAUGAGAGAACUCUUCAGUUCCUUAAUCAACGGAACCGUCAAUCCAUGGAGCUGAAAUAUUGGUGAAUUAGUCCAGGUUUCCUAAAGGACUGUAAAAUGGAGCCAAUAACAUUCGAAGUUAAAAAGUAUCAAACAUCUAGUGAUUUCUCUGCAAGUUUCAGUCUGCAGCUCGUUGGUUCUCUGCCAGUGCAUUCCCUAACCACCAUGUCAAUGCUGCCUUGGAUUGUGGCAGAGAUCCGGAUGCUCAGUACAAAGUCUUCCAAAGAAGAACCCACCGUCAGCCAAAUCAGACUUUAUGUUUCACCAGCAAGUCUGCGAUGUGAACCAGACACAGGGAAAAUCCAGCAGUGGGAUCCUUUGAUUUAUUCAAGUUUGUUUGAAUACAAACCACAGCAUGUCCACAAACUGAUUCACAACAGCCAUGACCCAAGCUACUUUGCUUGUCUGAUAAAGGACGGAGCAGCAAAUCAGCAAAGUAUCUGCUAUGUAUUUAAAGCUGAUGAUCAGACAAAAGUGCCUGAGAUUAUAAGCUCUAUUCGACAAGCGGGGAAAAUUGCUCGUCAAGAAGAGUUUCAGAAUAAUCUCUCAGAUGUUGAAGACCCUUUUGCCAAAAAGUUUGAGGUGCUGUUCUGUGGACGAGUGACAGUAGCACAUAAAAAUGCACCUCCAGCACUUAUAGAUGAAUGCAUUGAGAAAUUUAAUCGUGCAAGUUGUACAAAAAAAUCAGAUUUCAACUCGUCAUCCCAACAACAUGAAACUGCCAAUAACUUUGGAGGCUUCUCUUUCAGCAACAAAUUUCGGUCUGUCUUCCAGCCCUUGGUCAGUGAAGAGGAGGAGAAAAGGCCAAUUAGGAAAUCCUUUUCUCAGCCUGGGCUUCGUUCCUUUGCUUUUAAGAAGGAUUUGCAAGAGGGAAGCCAUAGAAGUAACAGCUUUGUCAGGUCUUUUGAAGAAGAUGCAAUUUCACUGAACCUAAAAAGUCAACUUAUCUAUGGACACAGUGUUGUGCAGCCAACAGACAUUGCAGAAAACCGGACAAUGUUGUUUACGAUUGGCCAGUCUGAAGUUUACCUUAUCAGUCCUGACACAAAAAAAGUAGCAAUUGAAAAAAGCUUUAAAGAAAUAUCCUUUUGUUCUCAGGGAAUUAGACAUGUGGAUCACUUUGGGUUCAUCUGCAGAGAGUCUUCAGAAAAUGGAGGCUUCCACUUCGUUUGCUACGUGUUUCAGUGUACAGAUGAAGCACUGGUUGAUGAAAUCAUGAUGACACUGAAACAGGCUUUCACUGUAGCUGCUGUGCAACAAACUUCCAAGGCACAGCCCCAGCUCUGUGAAGGAUGCCCUAUGCAAAGCUUGCAUAAACUCUGUGAAAAGAUAGAAGGGUUACACCCUUCUAAGACUAAACUAGAACUACAAAAGCAUCUUACAACACUAAAUAACCAGGAGCAGGCCUCUGUUUUUGAAGAGGUUAAGAAAUUAAAACCAAGAAAUGAUCAAAAAGAGAAUGAGUUGGUUAUCUCUGUUUUGAGAAACAUGUAUGAAGAAAAACAGAAGGACCAUGUUCAUGUUGGAGAAAAACAGACUUCACAACCCCUUGCCGAGAAUGCAGUAAAUGAGGUGCCCAGCAGUGCUCCAAGAUUCAGAUUAGAUAUGUUAAAGAACAGAGCAAAAAGAUCUCUGACAGAAUCAUUUGAAAGUAUUUUAUCACGUGGCAGUAAAGCCAGAGGUCCACUGGACAGUUCUGGUGCUGUGGAUCUGGACAGCUCCAUGUCUAGUACCUUAAGCAGCACAAGUAAAGAGCCACCGUUGUGUGAAAAGGAGAAAGACAGACUUCCUGCACUUCCUACAGGAAACACUGUCAAGACCAGUGGAUCAGUGGGUGAUGUCUCCAGCGAUGCAGAUGAUUCUCCUGUUGAGCAGUCCAUUACAUUACCUCAGCAAAGCUUUCGGAGGCGAGCAAACACACUGAGUCAUUUGCCAACGGAAAGCCAGGAAUCUUUGGUACCUGUUGAAACAUCACCUUCUGUUCCCCAGAGGAAACUCAUGAGGUAUCACUCAGUGAGCACAGAGACUCCUCACAAAAGAAAUUUGAAUGAAUCUGUCGACGAAUCUAAAAGUUCUUCUGGUCAACUUGCGCGUUCUCCUGCUCUAGCUCGUCUUAAUCCCUCGGCCUCUUCACCCAACUUUUUAAAAUAUCUAAGGCAUAAUUCAAGUGGAGAACAAAGUGGGCAUUUUGCACAAAAGAGCAUCUCCUACCGUACUGCCUUAAGGAAAAAGCUUCAUUCUUCCUCUUCUGUGCCAAAUUUCUUAAAAUUUCUGGCUCCUGUAGAUGAAAAUAACACCUCUGACUUUAGGAGCACAACAAGUGACUACGAAUCCAAACACAGCCCGCAGGCCAUUGGUGUGGACAGCCCUGUAAGGACUCGACGGCAUUCAUGGAGGCAACAGAUAUUUCUGCGAGUGGCCACCCCUCAGAAAGCAUGUGAUUCUCCCAGCCGAUAUGAUGAUUACUCCGAACUGGGAGAACUUCCACCCAGAUCCCCAUUGGAACCAGUGUGUGAAGAUGGCCCCUUUGGGCCAGUGAAAGAGGAAAGGAAGCGGACACCCCGUGAGCUUCGCGAGUUGUGGAAGAAAGCCAUUAUUCAGCAGAUACUGCUUCUCAGAAUGGAGAAAGAAAACCAGAAGUUACAAGCUUCAGAGAACAAUUUGCAGAACAGACGUCUGAAACUUGACUAUGAAGAAAUCACACCAUGCUUAAAAGAUGUAACUUUGAUUUGGGAAAAAAUGUUGAGUACACCUGGAAGGUCAAAGAUUAAAUUUGAUGUGGAAAAAAUACACUCUGCUGUUGGGCAAGGAGUACCACGUCACCACCGUGGGGAGAUCUGGAAAUUUCUAGCAGAGCAAUACCAUCUUAAACAUCAGUUUCCAAGUAAACAACAAUCAAAGGACAUACCUUAUAAGGAACUCCUAAAACAACUAACUUCUCAACAACAUGCAAUACUUAUUGACCUGGGGCGCACGUUUCCAACACAUCCAUACUUCUCAGCACAGCUGGGAGCUGGGCAGCUGUCACUCUACAAUAUUUUGAAGGCUUAUUCGCUUCUCGACCAGGAAGUAGGAUAUUGCCAGGGCCUUAGUUUUGUAGCAGGAGUUUUACUACUUCAUAUGAGUGAAGAAGACGCUUUUAAAAUGCUGAAGUUUCUCAUGUUUGACAUAGGCCUGAGAAAACAAUAUCGUCCUGACAUGACAAUUUUACAGAUCCAGAUGUAUCAACUGUCUCGACUUCUUCAUGACUACCAUCGGGAUCUCUAUAACCACCUAGAGGAACAUGAAAUUGGCCCCAGCCUCUAUGCUGCUCCCUGGUUUCUUACCAUGUUUGCCUCCCAGUUUCCCCUUGGAUUUGUAGCCAGAGUCUUCGAUAUGCUCUUUCUUCAAGGUUCAGAGGCUAUAUUUAAAGUGGCUUUAAGCCUUUUGGGAAGCCAUAAGCCCUUGAUUCUGCAGCAUGAGAACCUAGAAACUAUUGUUGACUUUAUUAAAAGCACUCUUCCCAACUUGGGUUUGGUACAGAUGGAAAAGACCAUUAGUCAGGUGUUUGAAAUGGAUAUUGCCAAGCAGUUGCAAGCUUAUGAAGUUGAAUACCAUGUGCUUCAGGAUGAGCUUAUAGAUUCAUCUUUAAAUGACAAUCAGAGACUGGAUAAAUUAGAAAAAGCAAACAGUAGCUUGCGCAAACAAAACUUUGAUCUCCUGGAAGAACUGCAGGUGGCUAAUGGAAAGAUUCAAAACCUUGAAGCCACAGUAGAGCUUUUAUUGACCAAUGAAGGCAAAUUGAAGCAGUCCAUUCUCAGUCUUGAGCAGGAGCGAGCAGCUUUGCUGAAAGCAGUGGAAGAGAUGCAGAAAAAGAUCGGUGUUGAUAGAGAUGGAAAGCCUGUACUUACUAGACAAGAACACAUGGAUGCUGACUUACAUUCACAGCUGUAAUGGAGCAGAGAACCUGAGCAAUAAACAAAGGGAAGAACUGGGUCUCUUUGUCAUAAUCCAUGGGGAUUUGACAUUGUCACCUUCAUUGUACAUGCCUUACUGUAUGUAGCAAAGCAUGAUAUGGGCAUGGUGGCUUCCCAUAUCAGAGAAGCUGGUUUCUUGGGGAGAAGGCUCGCUCUUCUUAGUAUGUAGAAGUACUUUGAACAGUAAGAUGCCACAUAAUAAUAAGCAGGGGAAACUUAGUAGUGCGUGCAGUCAUACACAAUACACUGUAAAGAUGUCAUGGAUUCUUCCAUAAGUGCUUCUAAACCUAAGUGCUUUGUGUUUGUCACUUAUCUUUUUUGUGUGUAGAUCACCCUCAUGUAAAAUAGCAUGUCCUUUAGAAGGUCCUUUGAAGACAUACGGCAGCAUAAAACCUUUAAAUGGAUGACAGCCCUGUUGCAGCUCUGUGGUGGUAACACCUACAGAGAGUUGUGUGAUAGGACUCAAGAUAUCUUUGACAGUGGAACUCCCCUACGGCUUGACUGGGUUCUGUUAAUUAUGUUUACGCUUCAGAAAACUGCUUCCUGAUGCUUGAAGAUGUCAAUCUAUUGGACUUCAGAGAGCUGGACUUCAUCAUAUGUAACUAUGCAUAACUGGGGGGUUGCCAUCUCUUUUUGUAAGUACAUUGUUAUAGUACUUUUUUUGUUUAACAACCAUUUAGUCUAUUGUUAGAUGACAUUAUCUGAUAAACAUACUGUAUAUAGUAACUGCAUUAUGCUUAACAAAAUACACUGACAUUGAUUUGGUGAAGCCUUUGCAUUCACCACAUGAAGAUUUGGUGAUUCUUGCAACAUCAUCCAAGGAUUUGUAUUCAGACACUUCACGUUUCAUCUUAUUUAUUUCUGAUCUGCUGUGUGAUGUAAGACAUCCUUUUGCUGGGAAAUUAAUGGCAACUGUCAUAUUUUUUCCCUUUAUUUGAUACUCUGCACUCACCCAUUCUCUGGGAAGUGUUAUUCCUUAAGACUUUUUCUGAAGUAAUAGAGGCAUUUCAAGAGCUUCAUGUUGUUCCAGGUAUGUUUAAACUGUUUCAGAAAGGGUAUGGCAGUUUGAAUUAGGACACAAUUCUUUUUACACUGCAUCUUUCCAGUGAGAUUACACAUGUGAAAAAAAAAAAAUAAAAUUCACACUUUCCUUAAUACAGUGAAAGUAGUUUUCAGGCCAGUUAAAGCACCACUUCUACAAGUGCAAUAAUCUCCAUGGAUAGCCAGUUGUUUGGGUUUGCUUCAGAAUUAGGAACAAUGCCACGGUUUUGUUCAGUCCCCAAGCACAGAGUUAAUAGGCAUCAGUGUUUUGUGAUAGUAGAGAUUCACCCAGGAGUUGUGAUUUUUUUUUUUUCUUAAAUUGAUGUUUUUAAAAUUUCAAAGCACACAUCUUUUCCUCUGACUGGCAACGUAAAAAAGGUUUUGUUUUGCUUUUUCCUUUUCUCAUGUAAUCCCCCUGACACAUUGUGGUUGUAGUUUAAUAGGAGAGCUGUAACAUUCAUCUACUGUGCAGAACAAAUACCUCUGUGUAGGUCAAAAAGAAAAAGAUAAUUUACUUUUCAAUCUAGAAGCUUUGUUUGACUCUGUCAUGUCUUAAAUAUAUCUGGUUCUUGCAAAUCCACUCUGUCUUCACUUAGUAUUGAAAUUCCAGAUAAAUGAAUUAUUAUUAAUAUAUUUAUCUCUUAGGCUUGUUUUUUUAUUUGCAAGUCCAUAUUGAAGUUCAUGAUUCGUGUUGUCAUAAUGGACCUCAUACUGUUAAGGCACUCAGUAAUGUUGCAUUUUUACAGCAUAGUCCCGUAAUUCAUGCCCUGGCUUUUUAACAACAGCAAUAAAAAUAAUAAUAAUUAUGCCUA